AACAAUAUGGUAGAAUGUCUUAAAAUGGUAAAUAGUGUUAAAACAUGCAGAUACCCACCACACUGUUCUGUAUGUUUCAGAUGCUGUUCUAGUAUGCCUGGUUGAGACUUCAGUAGUAGCUCAAAUGAGGGAAAGCUUAAGUCUUUCCUUCUGCCUUGGAUAAAAAUCUUAGGUAGAAUUGGUUUAGCGGUAAGAAGUGGCCAAAUAGUAUCCUGAUCUCUGCUAUGUAUGAGUCUUAUUUCCCUUCUGAAGUUGUAAUCAAUGAAACCUCAAGUGGAGUAUUCUUCCAUGAAUAGACAUGUUAUCAGAAAUGCCAGGGGGUAGCGUUGGUCAGAGUGGUAUACUUGGCACGAAUGAAUGGUCCAAACAAGUCCUGUUAUUACAAUGCUAAUUACGAUGUACACAAGAAUUUUUCUGACUUAUUUUUUUCUGCCCCAAUUUUACAGAAAACCAGACAUGAUACACUGACAGCAUUUGGAAAUAAACUUUGGCAAUAAGAUGGAAGCGUAAAUAUCAAGACUUUAAACCAAAACAGAAAUGGCUCAUGAGUAUUGAAACAAGAGACCGAAGAGCCUCCAACACUUCUGUGUGAGCAGUGGAAAAGGAACAACUACCAUGGUAACACUAAUAACAGAAAAGCUGCAGAACCAGAGCUUGGAUGAUCUGAGGUGUAAAACAUACAAUAUUAAUCUGUACUCAUCUGAGAAGCUGAACAAAAGUGGCAGCUUGUUUCCCUUCGAAAUCAACGAGAGUCCUUGGAAAGCUUUAAAUGGGGGUUGCCCAAUCCAAACUGACACAACAAGGAAUUCGGCUUACCCUUUCCCAGUGUGCCCAUUCAGCACCGGCACUGCCAGUAAUGGUAGUCUGCAGUGGCAGCAGGAAUCUUCCAGUACAUCUAUGGUGUCAGGAUGGAUAAGUGAAUUAAACCUUAAUGAAAACUCGGGUCAACCCUUGGCACCACCAACAAAACGCCAUUGUAGGUCCCUCUCUGAGCCAGAUGAGCUGGCUCGCUGUCGGUCACCGUGGAAGCCUGGCAAUUCAAAGGUUUGGACUCCCGUGUCAAAGAGACGGUGUAAUAGUGGUGGUAGUGCUACUUUGCAACGCUGCAACAGUCAUGGAAGUGCAACCUUACAGAGAAGCACAAGUAUCAGUCUGCCACAAAACAUACUGUCGCUAAAUAACGUCUUCACUAUCACCAGCUUCAACACGUCACCAGUACCCAGACCUUCCUCUGCCAGCAGUGGGUUUGUGGACAGUAGCGAGGGCAGCACAAGCUCGAGUACCCGCUGGAAUUCUGGAGGCCCUUGUGACUUUAACCCAAGGCGCCGCCUCUCCCUCUCCCAGGAGCACAUCACAGAGACGGGAAAUCUCUUGCCUUCAGCCAACAGCACUCCCACCUCCACACCCGAGCUCAGCCGGCGUCAGGGCUUGUUGAGAUGCCGCUCUCAGCCUUGUGUUCUGAAUGAAAAGAAAAGCCGGCUAAAGCGCAGACGGGAGGAGGAUGUACGAUGGAACAGACCAUCGUUAGACUUUUUUAAAAUGACACGGACUUUAAAAAAUUCCAAAAGUCUUUGCUCCCUUGACUAUGAAGAUGAUGACGAUGACACACAAAUGAAGACAAUUGUGUCAUCCCCAUGUGACUCAAAUGAUCUUAUGAACAUCAUCACCCCUGGUUCCAGUCCGAUGAAAGAACAACUGGAUGAAGUAAGGCAUCAUGGGUCAUGCCAAGGUAGCUUCAAAACAAGGGAUUAUAAGAAGGCAGCUGCAGUAUGUGAAAGUGAUGAGGACACAAGUGAUUGUGAGAGCACCGAAGAAGGCAUCUUUCCUCUAGACUGUGGGGACUUGGACCUAGAGCAGAUUGAAAACAACUGAGACUCAAAGUUGUGUGCUAGAAUGAGAGUUGUUCUAAAUUAAAAUGAUAGAGGAUUACCUUUGCCAUGCAUAAUCCAUGUCCCUGACUCUCUGUAUUGCCUGUCUUGGGCCUGUGUUAGAAGAAAUGUUUCAGGUGGGGGAAAAAUGUGAACCAUUGUUACCUGUUUAGUCUAUUGAUCAAUAUGUGGAUGACAACAAAAAAGUAGGAGGUUAAAUGUUAUUUUGAACAUUAAGGAAUAAUUUUGAUUAAAAAUUUCCUAACAGAUAUUUUGCAUUUUUAUGGCUUUUACAGUUCUGGAGAAAAAGCAUCUCUAUUUUGAAAUGAAUUUUCAGAAGGGCAUUCUAUAAAACUAAAUCUGUCUACAGUGAUUCUGGUGCGGGUAUUGUUGCUUUUGUUAAAGAGCUUAAUGUGAAAAGUGAAUUGCAUAAUGAAAUUGAUAAUAAACCUUCAGAUAGAACUCUUAAAUAUCUGGUUGGCAACUGGUCCAAAAUAGUUAACUGCCAUCUUUGACAGUGUCUGGUUAAAAAAAACCUUCAUAACAUGUACAAAUGUUCUUUUCAUACAUUCAGGACUCUUCGAUCAAAAUAUGGUAGUGACCUUAAAGGUUAACAUUUUCCAUUAUUUUACUACUUGAAUUGUUUUCUAGCCUGAAGCAAUGCUAACUUAGGUGGGAUAAAACUGCAAGUAGCUGCCCACCUACUUGGUCAUUAUGUUUUCUGUGGUUCAAAAGAAUGUACAACAAGAGCACUUGAACUUUUAGACAGGGACUUUGUAAUGAUCAAUUCCCCAGGAGGUGAUCCCUUCAGCAAUACUAGAAGGAAAAUAGUCCUUGAAUUAAAUAAAAUGACAUUUUGCUUUGCA